UGUGGACUUUAAUGAUGCUCCUCAGAAUCUACAAGAGGAAAAGUCUCUCCCUUCUCUAAAACGGAAGACGUUUUCUUUAUUUUCAUUAGAAGGAAUGCAUAUAUUUCAGGUUUCCUGACUGCAUGUUUGCUUUCUAGUGUAGCUAUAACAGCAAUCAUCAUCGAGGCUGUUUAACCAGCAUCCACCGUUACUGGGCGCCAUAAUAAAUAAAUAAGUCUCGAGAGGAGCCGAGCUGCUGAUGUCAGGAGCUUCAGUGCUGCAUUUACUGCUGCAGAGAGGAUGAGCUUCUCCGGAUCCACACAUGCGAGUCUGACGAGCAACAUGCGGGCCGUCGCGAUCAUAUCUGCGAUGCUAUUGUGUCUGGCCCCGCCAGUGAACGCGGGGAAAAAGGUUUUUAAAUGUCCUUCUUCGUGUAGCUGCUCCAAAGAGUCUAUAAUCUGCGUCGGGUCUUCGUAUGUGCCUCGAUUCAUUCCCAACGAUGUCAGUUCACUGAGUAUUGUGAAUGGGACCUUCUCUGAGAUCAAGGAGGCGAUGUUCUCACACAUGCCAUCUUUACAGUUACUGUUGCUCAACUCCAAUGCCCUCACUACAAUAAGGGAUGAUACAUUUUCUGGCCUUCCGCACCUGGAGUACCUGUUUAUAGAAAACAACAAGAUUGAGACGACAUCGAAAUACUCUUUCCGAGGACUUAGGGAUUUGACUCAUCUGUCUUUGGCAAACAACAACAUUAAAGCUUUGCCCAGAGAUCUAUUCAUUGAUCUGGACUCAUUGAUAGAGCUAGACCUGAGGGGCAAUGUCUUUGAGUGUGACUGCCGAGCAAAGUGGCUGAUGAUGUGGUUAAAGAGCACGAAUGCAACUGUAUCAGACGUUUUCUGCACCGGUCCCGAGGAGAUGAAGGGCAAGCGGCUCAAUGACAUGACGAGCUUACAUAACGAAUGCAUCUCUACAGAUUUCAUUCCUCUCCAAUCUGUGCCUGCCGAGUCUUUAUCUGUGGACACGUUCUCCCACAAGAACGACGUGUAUGUGGCCAUCGCUGCUCCCAACAUAGAGAGCUGCAUGGUUCUCCAAUGGGACCACAUCGAGAUGAACUUCAGGAGUUACGACAACAUAACAGGUCAGUCCAUAGUUGGCUGCAAGUCUGUGAUCAUCCAGGACCAGGUGUUUGUCAUCGUUGCUCAACUAUUUGGUGGUUCCCACAUCUACAAGUUUGAUGAAGACCAGAGCAAGUUCACAAAGUUUCAGGACAUUGAGGUUUCCAAGAUUUCCAAGCCGAAUGACAUCGAGGCAUUUCAGAUUGGCAACGACUGGUUUUUCAUCAUCGCUGACAGCUCGAAGGCUGGACUUUCUACUCUCUACAAAUGGAACGACAAGGGCUUCUACUCCUACCAGUCACUUCACGAAUGGUUUCGUGAUACCGAUGCAGAGUUUGUGAAUUUGGACGGUAAGGCCCAUCUUAUCCUAGCGAGCCGUUCCCAAGUACCGGUCAUCUACCAGUGGAGCAGAAGCACUCAGAAGUUUGCCUUGCAAGGGGAAAUCCCAAAUAUGGAAGAUGUAGUUGCUGUCAAGGCCUUCAGGAUCAAGGAGGAUCUUUAUCUGGCCAUGACCCGAUACAUCGGUGACUCCAAAGUCUUGCAUUGGACUGCAAAGGAGUUCUCAGAGGUCCAGGCCCUUCCUUCGAGAGGCUCCAUGAUCCUGCAGCCAUUUUCCUUCAAAGAAAGGUAUUACCUGGCUCUGGGAAGCGACUACACCUUCUCGCAGAUCUAUCUAUGGGAUGCAGAAGAGAAGGUUUUUGAGCGUUUCAAGGAAGUCUACAUCCAGGCCCCUCGUUCCUUUACUGUGGUCUCCACUGACCGGAGGGACUUUGUAUUUGCUUCCAGUUUUAAGGGCAGCACACAGAUCUUUGAGCAUAUCAUCAUUGAUCUGAGUCUUUAAGUGCUGUUGUGGACAGUUGCAAUUAAGGCACAUCUUCAGCAGUUGGACAUUUUUCUGGAAAGGCCAUUAGUGGGUUUUAAGGUGAGGGAAGUUGGGAAGCAAAUGUAAUAUGGCAUUUAUCAGGUUCACAGUAAUACGAAUUACAUCAUGCAUCUGUGUAUUCUGGAAGGGCCUUGACAUUUUUUUGGGGGGUUUUAAAAUAUUAUUAUUGUUAUAUAAUAUAUAAAAAAAAAAUCCUCAGUCCUGCUCUGAGGAAAAGAGUUGCACUUGUCACCUGUAACUACCUAAAUAACUGUACAUAAUGAUACAUACUGAAAAUCUGAGAGCCUUUCAGAACUCUGUGUGCAACAGCUGAUACUGUGCAUGAUGUGGCUGCAACAACACUGAGAAUAAAAAAAAUACAAUUUUCAGAGCAGGCAUGCAGAUCAAGUAGUGAUACAGGUGACAAAUGCAGUACUGUUAUCUUAAGAGACAUUUUUACCUCAUUGUUCAUUAUUUAUUUAAAUCACAUCUCUUUUUCGGUGGACACAUUUUUUAUGUCAAUUAAUUAAUCAUUUAAAAUGAAUUGCCAUUAUUAUAGUUAUCAGGAUCUGUUCAGAGCUAAAUUAAUCAAAACAAAUAUUUCCGUUGUGUGAUUUUAUGCAGAAAUGUUUAUGUGGUUGAUUGUAAUGGAUCCAAGAAUGCAGCCUUUUUUGGAAGAAACAGAUGAUCUACGUUUCAAUACAGGGAAAUUGUGAAAAGCACAAGCCUUUAAAAGCAUCAUACGUCUAUUAAUAGAGAAAUAAACUUAAUAUUAAUCAAUUAAACUUAAAGUGGUUAACUGAUUUUGGAUAAUGAUUUCCUUUUUUUUUCUUUUUUUUUCUGUGAAAUGAAUGUAAACUGCUUUUAGUUUUAAGUACUAGUGACAACUGUUGAAUGUGUGACUUGUUUUGAUGACAAGUGCAAUUAAAAUAAAAACCUCAUUUUCAUACUGUUUUCCAAGCUGGGAUACAGAGAAAAGAACUGCACAACCCUAAAUAAUGAAUGCAGCCUGCAAAAGCAUGAUAUUCAGCUAUUAAUAUUCAAUAAAUUUAAGUCUUAUGAAAAAAAUCUAUAAAUAACUCUUAAUUGAUCAUAUAAUGUAUUUAUUAAUACCAGUUUAAUUUAAUCUUAU